AGCUGGUGUGUUUGGACAUUUAUAACUUAUACGGCUCUGCAGCAGAACAAUUUUCUAUUAGGAAACAACAAGGAUUUUAUUUUAAGAAGUGGACUUUGGAUCUUGAAGACACAACCACCAUGUACCUGCUUUGGGCUUUUACGUUUGUUUUUCUGGUGAUUUCCCAAUGCGCACACGGAGACCUACUUCAGCAGCAAGUUCUUGCAAAAAGCGCGUCCGGAUUUUCCCAAAAUUUGUACCGCCAAGUCGCAAUUUCAGAGGAGCAAAUCGUUUAUUCUCCAUACAGCAUUCAUUCGGCCUUGACCAUGACCUACCUUGGAGCGAGAGGCGUGUCAGCGAGGGAGAUGAGUCAGGUCCUGGGGCUGACGUCACUACAAGACCCCCAUCAAACCUAUCAUGACCUCAUCGUUGAUUGGAACUCUGCCGAAAGUGUCCGGUUGGACGUCUGCAACGCCAUCUUCACCAACCCGUACGAGACGAUCCUACCGUCUUUCAUCUCUGACGUCGACAGGUACUACCUGGCUCCGGCCAACAAACUGGACGUGACAGAGCCAGAGAGGGCCAUUAACGAGCUGGUCGCCAACAAAACCCACAACAUGAUUCCAGAGAUCCUCAAACCUGGGAGUCUUGAUGACGGUACGGACAUAGUUCUAGUCAAUGUGGUUUUCUUCAACGGCACUUGGGAGAACCAAUUUCUCAGUGAACUAACACAACAACAAGACUUCCACAAGCUUGGCGGAGCGAUAUCACAGGUUUCUAUGAUGAAUGAGGCGGAGAAACUGAAGAAUUACAAGAAAGACAACGUCAAUGGAGUUGAUGUUCUAGAGCUACCUUUUAAAGGCAACCGAUUCUCGAUGUACUUCGCUCUUCCUCAAAAAAUGGAUGGUAUUUCAGACUUGGAAAACCUACUGGCUACCCCGGGCAAGGUGGACGAGUUGUUUGAUGGUCUGACCUCUAAGGUGGUCAGGGUCAGCCUGCCCAAGUUUAAAAUCGAGACGUCACUUGAUCUCAUUAAUCCACUCAUAGAGCUGGGGAUGUAUUCGGAGUUCGAUGACAGGGCGGAUUUCAGCGGAAUUAACGGAUUAGGUGACAUCUUCAUCGACAAGGCCAUCCACAAGGCGGUCAUUGACCUGCAGGAGACAGGGACGGUGGCGUCUGCCGCCACUGUCAUCUCAAUGACCAAGGGGAUGAUCAUCCCCAGGGCCACAUUCCUCGCUGACCACCCCUUCAUGUUUUUCCUUCGCGACAACGUCACCGGGCAGCUUUUGUUCCAGGGGAAAUUUUCAGGAUAAACUCCUCUCCCCCUCCUCCCCUCG